UACUUUUCCUAUACAUUUUACAGGAAAAGGAAAAAUUAUAUUGAUACAAUUAUAAUGGAUUUAUUCUAAAAACAGUAAAGAAAAUACUUUGUAUUUUAUCUUAAUCAUAUACUAAAAUUAAAAUUUAAACUUAAAAGAUACUAUAAAAGAUACAACAAAAAAUAUGAAAGGAUUUCCACAAAUUAUUGUAAAAAUUUGUCCAUUCAUUGCAUUAUUAUAUAGUAUAAUUGUUAUUAUUUUAACAACAUAUAUUAAUGAAAAACUUACUCCAGUUUUCGUAUUUUUUUGUAUUCAAGUAUAUUUAAAUUGGUAUUCAAUAUAUGCUAUAAGUCAUAAUGCAACAAUUAUGGAAAUUAAAAUAGUAGGAAAAAAAUUAUUAAUAUACAAUAAAGCAGAAAAUAAUGCUGAACAUAAAUAUUGGUAUUGUGAAAAAUGUAUUAAUUAUACAUGCAAACCAACACAACAUUGCAUUUUUUGUAAAAAGUGUUUUCAUUUUCGUGAUCAUCAUUGUUUUUUCUUGGGUGCUUGUAUAUUAAGACAAAAUAUAGGUAAUUUCAUUUUAUUUUGUUUUUAUACAUCAUUAACAUGUAUAUAUUCAUUAUGUACUCUUGGACCAUAUUUAUAUGAAAAUAUUAAUCGUGUAAUAAGAACAGAUACAGAUUCUUUUAAUAUAUUUUUGAAUUUCUGUUUUCCUAUUGCUCUUAUCAAAUUAUUACAUUCUAGAGAAAAUACUUAUAUAUUGCUUGUUACAAUGUUUGAUAUAUUAGUUUCUAUUUUGUGUAUUUGUUUGGUAUAUGCAACAUGGAAAUUACAUAGUUGUAUGACAGGUAAACAAAGAUAUGCAAAUAUAUCAGAAAAACAAACUUUGAAAGAAAUUUUUGGAAGUUAUGGUCUAUCAAAUAUUAUUUUUCCAUAUAAUGGUCUCAUAGGAACUAGAGAUCUUAAUGGGAAAUAUGAGUUAAAGCAAAUAUAAUGUAAUAAAAACAAAUGACAAUAGUUAAAAUUACUAUAAAUAAUAAUAAUAUAAUAAUAAUUAAUAAUAAUAAUAAAUAUAACUAAAUGAAGAAAUUUAUUAAGACAAAUAAAAAAAUAUAUUUAUGCACUUUUCACAUAAAAAAUGUAUAUACAGUAAAAUACAUUUUUCAAUUAUGUAAAUUAUAUUAUAAUAAAUAUCAUAUACAUCUAAUACAUUUACAUAUUUAUACUUCUGUAUGAAUCAUAAAUCACUGCAUAACUCUUCAUAAAUUUUUAUAAAUAUAAUAUUAUAAUAUUUUCCAUUACGAGAUUCACACAUAUAAUGAAGAUUAUAACAAAAAUAACAAAAAACAUUUUAUUUGGCCUAGAAAAUAAUAAUAAUUUUUUAAUAAUAUACAAUUAAAAAUUUUUUUUUACAAAAAUAUAAAACAUUAGACAUUGAUUUGAAGAUAAUGAAAAAAAAAUAAAUUAAUAAAAUAUUUAUAUAACUUUUAAUUCAUUUGUUAUAAUUGUCAUUAUUAUUAUCAAGAAAAAAUUUUAUAUUAUAUUAAAAAAUUUAUUUUAUAAUUCUGUAUGAAUAUGAUGUUGAGCUUUAAAAUCAUUAGGAUGAAUAAAUACUCCUUCUGUUGUCAUCCAUUCAAUGUGAGGAGAAUUAGAGGAAUAUUCGCCUACCACUUCAGUUUGUCCAGUAAUGGGAUUACCAUAAACUCUUCCACUUACUGCUAAAUAUCUAUAAAAUAAUAGAAUUUUUUAAUAUUUAAGAAAUUUUUUUUACAUAAUAAUAUAAAAAUAUAACUCACGUAUCUGUAUCUACAUGUUUCAACAUAAUUGAUUCAUCUCUUCUCCAAAAUUCAGUCUGACAUAUUAAAAGCCAAUUAUCACCAUUAUCACCUUCCCCUUUAUUAUCUCCAUAAGCAGAUAUUUCUUGUUUACCACUAAGUGGUGAACUGACACGAUGGGAAUGUAGAUUUUUUUUUGUUGCUAUAUGUUCUAAUCUUAUAAUAUCUCCACAUUUAAUUGGUAUUCUAUAAUUAUUGUAUAUUAUAAUUAUUAUUUAAAAAUAUAUUGAAAUAAUUAAAUAUA